AUGGAUUUAUAAAAUUAGAGAAGAAAGAGCAAAUUUUCAUUUUCUCGAGCCCCUGUCUAUGAUAAUACAUAAUAAAAUACUUUGCAACAAUUUAAAAAUAAGUUCAAAGGUUAAAGUUAAUAGUAUAAUUGAUUAGGCUAAAUGCUACAAUUGAUAAAUAGGAGCGAGAAUGGAAAUAAUAAAGAAUAGGAAUUACAAUAAUUUUUAAGUCGAAUUAGUGUAGAGUUAGAUUAAGAAGAUCAUAAAUAUAUAAAAUUUGAGCUGAGUGAAUAUAAUGAGAAAUAUACUGAAGGAGAGGUUUUAGGAGAAGGAUGUAUUGGAUUAGUAAAGAGUAUUACAAGAAAGAUAGAUGGAUAAGAGUUGGCAUGUAAGACAGUAAAAACAGAUGCUGAAGAAAUUGUGAAGAAUGUAGAUAAUAUUGAUAUAUGAGUUAGAUGAUAUUGGAAUUCAAGAAUCUAAAAAAGUUGAGUCAUCCUCGCAUUGUAAAAAUGGAAGAAUUAUAUAUUCAAUGGAAUGAGGGAUUCUAAUCAACUGGAACUGUUUAUGUAGUAAUGGAGAAAGUGAAGGGUAGCGAGAUGUUUGAAGUGAUUUAAAAAUAGAAGAAUUAUAGUGGUAUUUGAAUAAAUAAGGAUAGAGUGCAUUGCUAGAAUCUUAUUUAAACAAAUAUUGGAAGCAAUUGAUUAUAUGCAUGAAAAUUAUUGUUGUCAUAGAGACUUAAAACCGAAUAAUAUUUUAUGUGCAGAAGAUGGUAGAUCAAUCAAGAUUACUGAUUUUAAUGUAACAAAAUAAUUAUAAUUUAAUGAAGGUGUCCAAAUUUACAGAUGGAUACAAAGAAUUUGGAAAUCUUAAUGAACAUGGAAAAAUUGAAAUGUGGACAUAUACAGGGACAGUUGCCUUUUCAGCACCAGAGAUAUUUUCAGGAGGUUUGUACAAGUAAUAACAUUAUAUUUAUUUAGUGAAUAAGUUGAUUUAUGGAGUGCAGGAGUGAUAUUAUAUGUAAUGUUAAGUGGAGAAUUACCAUUUAAUUCUGAUUAUUUAAAUGAUUUGAUUGAUAAGAUUUAAUAAUGUAAAUACGAAAUGGUUGGUCCUAUUUGGGAUUAGAUAUCUUAUUAAGCUAAAGAUUUGAUAAGCAAUUUAUUAUAAUUUGAUCCUUAAAAAAGGCUCACUCCAUAACAGGCUUUAGAACAUCCUUGGGUUAAAAAUGCUUAAAAUGAAUCAAAUUUACCUAGAGAUAGAUUAGAAAAGAAUAUGGCUAGAUUUUUGAAUUGGAAACCUUAAGAAACCUAGGUGAAUGCCAAAAAAAUUAAAUAACUCUGUUUCCUAUUUGGAGCAGGGGAAAUUUGGAAGAGAAAUUCUUUAAAACAUUCAUCAGUCUCUACUAUAUCAGAAGAAUUUAAGAAGUUCAAGUCAAUUGACAUCACUUCAUUCAAAGCUACUGAACAUAUACAAGUAAUUAAGGAUAAAAAUUCAAGUCACAUUUAUCAUAUUGAUUAUCCAUUUAGUGACGAUGAAUCUGAUUGA